AUGUUAGGCACCCCGUUGAUGAUGCUCUGUGGUUGGCAGCAGCUCUUCCCGAGUACAAAGUUGCUGCUCCAUGUUCAAGCCUUGUCAUCAUACACCAUCAGCAGCAGCAGAUCAUUAGAAACACAAUAUUCGGGCGAGAUUAUUGCAGGAGGAAGUGCCGUCAACGAUGAUACCCCUGCUAUUCAUUCCAAGUUAUUUCUUCCUCUGGGAAUUGCUUAUUCACCCCUCCAUGGAGAUGUAUAUAUUUGCGAUGGAAAUAGGAUACGACGGAUCUCAGACAUACGACAUCACACGAGUCCUAUCAUUACAACGAUAGCAGGAAAUAGCAGUGUAGGCUUUGGUGGUGAUGGCAUGUUGGCAUUCACCAAUUCUAUCCUUAAUACACCCUUUGCUAUUGCAGUUUCGCCCAUGAGUGGUGAUGUGUACUUUGCAGAUACGAAAAAUCAUCGGAUUCGACAACUUACGAAUGAUAGCAUGAUCAUAACUGUUGCAGGAAAUGGAGUGGCAGGAGAUUUUGGUCGUGAAUGUUGGCCUGCUGCAAAUUGCAGUUUAAAUUCUCCUUCAGGAAUUGCAAUUUCUCUCGACGAUGAGAUUUAUGUUAGUGAUACUGGAAAUCAUAAGAUUAGGAAAAUAUUUAGGAAUGGCACGAUUGUAACAAUCGCUGGGACUGGAGUUGGAGGAUUUAAUGGAGAUGGAUCUGUUGCCACUAAUUGUAAGCUUAAUAGCCCGUAUGGAAUUGCAAUUUCAAACAAUUCUAGAGAGGUGUAUUUUGCAGAUACGAAAAAUCAUCGCAUUCGAAAAAUAGCGUUGGAUGGAUCUUUAACGACAAUUGCAGGAAAUGGGCUAAAUGGAUUCAAUGGGGACGGUGUGGCAAUCAACAGCAAGUUGAACUACCCUCAUGAUGUUGCAAUUUCUGAAAAUGGUGAGGUUUAUUUAAGUGAUACGAAUAAUCAUAGAAUUAGAAAGGUGUCAUCUGGGAGCAUAACAACAAUAGCAGGGACUGGAAAUAAUGGAUUCUCUGGUGAUGGUGGCCCUGCCAUUAAUGCCAUGUUUUACUCACCAUACUAUUUAACUCUCACUCCAAAUAAUGAAUUGUUAAUAAGUGAUACAUACAAUUAUAGGAUUAGAAAUAUUUCCCUUGUGGAUAACACUGUUCACACCAUCGCUGGAUACGGAGAUGGAGACGGUUAUCAAGCUAAAUUUUCACAUUUAAUUGUUGGCGAAUUACUCUUUUCAACAUUAACAAGUGACUUUAAUUAUGUAGCUCUAUCUCCCAAUAAUGAAGUUUAUAUUGAAGACAUUUUGUUAAAUAGAGUUAGGAAAAUUGACGUAAAUGGAACAAUUUCAACGAUUGUACCACCAGGAGUCAUUGUUGGUUUUACAUUUUACAUCAGCCCUGGAAUUGCAAUAACGAAAAACAAUGAGGUUAUUAUAGCAGAUUCUGACAGCAAUAUGAUCAUGAAAAUGGCAAUCAAUGGAGUAAUUUCUCCGAUUGCAGGUGGAGGAGCUUUUACAGGAGAUGGAAUGCCAGCUCUUCAAUCAAGUAUAGACUGUCCGUGCAGUGUGGCAGUUUCUCCUUUAAACGACGAAGUAUUUUUUGUGGAAUCCACCCGAAAUAGGGUUAGAAAAAUUGAUUCGAAUGGGAACAUUGUUCGUAUUGCUGGUACAGGAAAUAAUGGAUUCUCUGGUGAUGGAGGCCUUGCCAUUAAUGCUGACUUAGACACUCCAGAUGGAAUUGUAAUUUCCGUUAAUGGAGAAGUAUACAUCAGUGACACGUACAACCAUAGAAUAAGAAAAAUUUUGACAAACGGUACCAUUGUGACUAUUGCUGGAACUGGAAAUUAUGGUUAUUCUGGUGAUGGUGGAUGUGCCUUAUUGGCUGAUCUACAUUAUCCAAGAAGUAUUAACGUCGUUCCAAGCGGUGAGGUGUUUUUUAUUCAAUAUUCACAAGCAAAUUCUUAUACCUCAAUUAUUAGAAAGAUAUCAAAAGAUGGAAAUAUUACAUCUAUUAUGUCACAAAAUUCCGAUUGUCAUUCCAACCAAUUUCCUUGUACUCUGAAUAACAUUGCCGUGUCAUGGAGUGGGGAAGUGUUUGCAUCAUGGGAAUUUAGCCUUCAAAAACUGACACCAUUUUGCAUUUCUCAAAAUUUGUCACUCAACGAUUAUGGCCAAUGUGAAUUGUCUCAAUGUUUUGGUGUCGAUGCAAAUUCCUCAUUAGUGUGUUCAGCACAUGGUAUAUGCGAGAAACCAGAUCAUUGUUCCUGCUUUCCUGGAUACAACGGAACUGAGUGUCAGUGGAUUGACUGCUACGGAAUAUUAAGUCACAAUGGUUCCUAUUUAUGCUCUUCCCAUGGAACAUGCUCGAGCCCAAACAAUUGCACAUGCCAAGAAGGUUACUUUGGCUCACAAUGUGAGAUUACCUCAUGCUUUGGAGUAGUGAGCACCAAUGCUUCUGUUUGCUCAGGUCAUUCUCGAGGAUACUGUCGCUCUUUUAAUAAUUGUACAUGCAACGAAGGAUAUCAGGGAACUACCUGCAAUUUGAGCCAGUGCUUUGGUGUGUGGAGCAAUAGCUCUGACGUAUGUUAUUCCAAUGGCAACUGUACUUCCUAUAAUACUUGUGAAUGUUUCGACAAUUACUUUGGACCUAACUGUCAAGUAACAUCAUGUUUUGGAAAACUCAGUAACGAUUCUACUGUUUGCUCUUCAAAUGGAAAUUGCUUGAGACCAAAUAAUUGUACCUGCCAGGAAGGGUACUUUGGUUGGCAAUGUGAAUUGACUACCUGCUUUGGAGUAUUGAGCACAAACACAAGUACAGCUUGUUCCGGUAUUUCAAGAGGGUUAUGCAGCUCUUUUAAUAAUUGUACAUGCAAAGAAGGAUAUCAGGGAUCGACUUGUAAUUUGAGCCAGUGCUUUGGUUUGUGGAGUAAUAAUUCGAAUGUUUGUUCCGCUAAUGGUAACUGUACUUCCUAUAAUAAUUGUGAAUGUUUCGACAACUACUUUGGAUCUAAUUGCCAAGUUACAUCUUGUUAUGGUAUAUUCAGUAAUGAUUCUUCUCUUACAAUAAGUGCUCCUGUGAUGAAGGUUACUUUGGAAAGGAAUGCGAAAUCACUUCAUGCUUUGGGUUGUUUAACAACGACUCCAGAGUAUGCUCUUCAAACGGUAAUUGUACUUCAUUUAAUCACUGCUCAUGCAAUGACAACUAUUCAGGUCUCGCAUGUGAACACACACAAUGCUUUGGUUUGUGGAAUAAUGAAACCAACGUUUGUAGCAAGGGGAGAGGAAAUUGCACAAGGUUUAACCUCUGUGAAUGUCAACAGCAUUACUAUGGGCUUGAAUGUGAAGUUACCGAGUGCUAUGGUUUCUUUUCAAACUCAUCUCAGGUUUGCUCCUCAGGUCAUGUGCUAUGGUUAUGUCAACACCGACGACUCUUUAGUUUGCUCCGGACAUGGCAAUUGCACUCAACCAAAUCAUUGUGAAUGCACUCUUAGUUAUUUUGGAUCCAAUUGCUCUGUCACCACAUGUUUUGGUUUUACCUCAAAUACAAGCUCUGUGUGUCACAGUCACGGAAGAUGCUUAAGCAAAGAUAUUUGCCUCUGCUCUCAACACUAUUAUGGAGAUGAAUGCAACGUUACAACUUGUUUUGGAAAAUUCUCAAACGAAUCAUCUGUUUGUUCCUCACAAGGGAAUUGUAUUUCUAACGACCACUGUCAGUGCAAGGAAGGAUAUGAAGGAAAUGAAUGUGAAUUCACCACCUGUUUUGGAGAGUGGAGCAACGCAAGUACAGUUUGCUCUGGAAAUAAUAGAGGUCGUUGCACCAAAUACAAUACUUGCGAAUGCAAAGAUCAUUAUUUUGGAGAUAGAUGUCAGCUUCACAAGUGCUUUGGAAUUUGGAGUAACGAUUCUUCUGUAUGCUCUUCCAAAGGAAAUUGUUCUGAAGUGAAUAUAUGCCAGUGUGACGAAAAGUAUUUUGGUUCAGCAUGUAACCUUACGACUUGCUUUGGAAUACCAAGUAAUGCCUCAAAUGUUUGUUCUUCUAACGGAGAAUGUGUGGCACCAAAUGAUUGUCGUUGUUUUGAAAAGUAUUACGGCUCCAAAUGCGAGGUGGCUGAGUGUUUCGGAGUACCAAGCAUCUCUUCGAAAUCUUGCUCCUCCAGAGGAACUUGCAUUAGCCUUAAUAAGUGUCAGUGUUUUGAACACUAUUAUGGUCCAACAUGUGAGCAAACGGUAUGCUUUGGUGUUUGGAGCAACUCCUCGAAUGUGUGUUCUGGAACAAACAGAGGCAAUUGCAUGGACUUUAAUGUGUGCGCUUGCAAGGAAACCUAUCUUGGACAAAAUUGUGAGCUGCACAAAUGUUUUGGAAUCCUUAGCAAUAGUUCUCAGGUGUGCUCUUCGAGUGGCAAUUGUACAGAUACGGACACCUGUUCAUGCUUCCCAAAUUAUUCAGGCCUUAAUUGCUCCAUCGACAAUUCGAACAACAUUCACCCCGUCACCCCUAGACCAAACUUUACCAACGAGGUGAUAUUUUACGUUGCUGCAGUGAUAGUGCCUGUCGCUGUUACAGUUCUCAUUUUGAUUUUGUUAGGAGUGGUCAUUGUCAUUAUCAUUCUUGCAAGAAAGAAAAAGAAGAAAAAAGGCUUCUUCUAUGCUGUCACACUUUCAAAUACCAGUUUUGUGAGUCAAGAAUUGAAGGAAACAUCAAGUGAAAAAGAGAUGCUGUGA